UUUCCUCCAUCACAUUUGCGCCUUACCUCAAUCUUAACCAAGAUACAGAGGAGAGAGAGAAAGGGGCAGAGAGAUGAGUGAGAGUAGGAGUCACCCUCUGUUGAGUGGAGAGAGAGAGGAAAGAGGUUAUGGCCAUGCCUUAUCUCCAAGCCAGAUGCAAGUUCUGGCUGCUUUCUGUGAGGCAUUUCUGCCUCCUAUCAAUGACCAUCACGAUGCCCCUCAAUGCCCUUCCCUUCAGUCCUUCUACAGAACCUCCGGUUCUCAGGCUUCUCUUCCCGAUGAGGCAGCGGAGCUGUUACACAAGAGGAUUCAACCGGAGGCUCAGUUUGUUGUGGGCUCAGUUCUGCGGAUUUUGUCGUUUAGACUGGGAACGUUGUUGCUUUGCGGAAGAAUUGCCAUGGAUCGGAAGUGGCCAUUCGUUCACAAGUUCUCCGAAUUAUCGCUGGACAAGAGAGAACAGAUUCUGCAGCGCUGGUCCAGGGAAAAGCGUCUCGUCCCUCUGCGGAUUGUGUUCUUGAUCAUCAAAAUCGUCGUCUUUUAUAAUUUUUUCUCAAGGAUAGAUCGAAAUGGGAAUAACGCAGCGUGGGAAGCUAUUCAAUACAAAGUGGACACAAGGGAGAAGCUGAAGCUGAAGGAGAGGCCUCUUGAGAAAGGAAUAGUUGAGACUAUGCUGGAAAGUGAUACCACUGUUUUGCAGUCCCUCACAGAAAAAGGCCUUCAAGUCAGUAAAAAUGCAGAGAACAACACGUACAAGAUCAAAUGUGAUGUUGUAGUUGUUGGUUCUGGUUGUGGGGGAGGAGUUGCGGCUGCAAUUCUUGCAAGGUCGGGUCAGAAAGUGGUCGUUCUGGAGAAAGGAAAUUACUUUGUGCCUGAAGAUUACUCUUCCCUGGAAGGCCCAUCUUUCAAUGAGCUAUAUGAAUCAGGUGGGAUCUUGUCAACCCUUGACGGAAAAAUGAUGAUCUUGGCUGGCUCAACUGUGGGAGGAGGCUCUGCUAUAAACUGGUCUGCAUCCAUCAAAACACCUGAUUCCGUUCUCAGGGAAUGGUCGGAACACUGCAAAAUUCCGCUCUUUGGAAGCUCCACAUACCAAUCUGCCAUGGAAGCAGUCUGGAGGAGGAUUGGUGUAACAGAGAAAUGUGCCAAAGAGAGCUUUCAGAAUCAAGUUCUUCGAAAAGGGGGUGAGAAUAUUGGCUUGAAAAUCGAGUCAGUUGCUAUAAAUUCUUCGGCAGAUCAUUAUUGCGGCUCGUGCUGUUAUGGCUGUAGAAGCGGAGACAAAAAGGGCACAGACUCCACUUGGUUGGUUGAUGCUGUGCAAAAUGGUGCGGUGAUCAUAACUGGAUGUAAAGCUGAGAAGUUCAUAUUGGAAGACAGGAAGAGCGGAAUAAGAACAAAGAAAUGCCUGGGGGUGAGUGCAAGGACGCUGAGGGGCAAAGUGUCCAAGAGACUCCAAAUCGAAUCGAAGGUAACAAUUUCAGCAUGUGGAUCUCUCUUGACACCUCCUCUAAUGAUUUCCAGUGGGCUGCAAAAUCCAAACAUUGGAAGGAACCUCCACCUGCAUCCUGUUACAUUUGCCUGGGGAUACUUCCCAGAAGAGAUGACAGAAUUUCAAGGGAACAACCAUGAAGGAGGGAUCAUUACAUCAAUCCAUAAGGUGUAUGCUGAGGAUUCCACUCCAAGAUUCAUCUUGGAAACCCCAGCAGUUGCGCCUGGAUCAUUUUCUGCAUAUGUUCCAUGGGUUUCAGGGAAAGAUAUGAAAGACAGGAUGGUCAAGUAUGGAAGAACUGCCAUCAUUUUUGCACUAGCUAGAGACAAAGGGUCAGGAGAAGUGUUGAAGGAAGGGAGAAUCAAGUACAGACUAGACCAGAGGGAUAAAGAAAACCUUAGAGACGGAUUGAGGCUGGCACUGAGAGUUCUGAUUGGAGCAGGGGCUGUAGAAGUGGGAACAUUCAGGAGCGAUGGACAGAGAAUGAAGUGUAAAGGGGUGAGGGAGGAGGAUGUGGAGGAGUUUCUAGACAGAGUCAUAGUGGUGGGGGGUCCAAGAUCAAGGGGUGAACUGUGGACCAUAUAUGCGACUGCUCAUCAGAUGGGAAGCUGUAGAAUGGGUCCUACUGAAGAAGAAGGUGCUCUAGAUGAGAACGGUCAGAGUUGGGAAGCAAAAGGCUUGUAUGUCUGUGAUGGCAGUGUUUUGCCCAGCGCUAUUGGCGUCAAUCCAAUGAUAACCAUCCAAUCCACCGCGUAUUGUAUUGCAAAUAACAUUGCAGAGUCGUUCAAAAAGGAUAAAUAGGCCUUGAAGACUGUCAUUCGCUGGGUUCGUUGUCUAUUUCAUUUCAAUUGUUUAUUUGUAAUCAUAUGUAUAAUGCAUGUAUUUUAAUAAAUGCUUUAUCUUGUUCCUUUCCUUUUAA